AUAAAAACCAAACACCAAUCCGGAGAACGGCCGCUAGUCCUACGCUCUACCUUUCUUCUUCGCAAUUUGCUUCGAUCAAAAUUCACGUUCGAAGAUCAAACAAUGGGAGUUUUCACCUUCGUUUGUCGGAAAUCCGGUGGCGAGUGGACCGCCAAUCAGUACUCAGGCGUCCUUGAAGGUUCCGCCGCUUCAACCUAUGAUCUCCAGAGGAAGCUCGUUGCGUCUGCUCUCUCUGUCGAUUCCUCCGGUGGCGUUCAGUCCUCAUUCUCUUACGUUUCUCCCAGCUCCGCUGUUUUUCAGGUGAUCAUCGGUGGUGCUAGUGGCGGUGGCAUCAUUAGUGGCGGAGAAGCGGCAGCCGCCCCUGCUGGAGGAGCUGCACCAGCUGCAGAAGCCCCAGCUGCAGCGAAGGAGGAGGUGAAGGAAGAGAGUGAUGAUGAUGACCUUGGCUUUUCACUUUUUGAUUAAUUGGUAUAAUUACUUGCUAUUGUUUAUCAAUCUCAUAAUUUUUAGCACUAAAAUUUUCUCUUCAGGAUAUUAUGUCUAUGCACUUACUUGAAUUUGCCAGUUCAUUAGCUGUUCUUGUUAAGGACAUGAAAUUUUGCUACUGAUCUUUGUUAAAUGGUUGAGAAUUAGAUGUGUUCUUUCUGAUUA